AUGAAGGGUUCCGUCGUCAUCGUGCUCCUGGCGAGCCUUGCCGUCAGCCAUGCCAGCAUCGGCCCAAGCACAGCUUCGGGCGAAGCCACCGUGGAGUUCGGGCAGGCGCGCACCCAGGCCAUCUCUUCCGCCCUUGGCACCCUUAUCUCAUCCACCGGCAAGGGGACUGGUUUGAACGCCACCUCCAACUCCACGGUUGUCUCCAUCAGUAUUUCUCCAUCUGCCAGCAGCGCGGGUGUCACCUCGGCAGGGGGAAGCUCGGACGGGGAGGAGAUCUCCGCCACGGGUCUUGCCAGCACAUUUGGCCUGGCACUAGGCGUCGGCCAGUCUGCCGUCCUCUUCACAAAUGCCACCGCCUCCUCUGAUGUGGAGGGCCCCGUCAACGCCACUGCAGGGGGCCUUGUCACGAUCUACAACUCCACCUCUGGCGAGACAAUUGGCUUCGUGAGGUCUGAGGCCCCAAACAACCUGGCCGAGGGGAAUGCCACAGCCACCGGCAACAACACCCUGGUGGUCUUGUCCUCGGAUGCCGUUGGCAGCCGGUCCCCCGCCAUGGUCAGGAUCUCCACCGUCGUCGUGCUGCUGGCAUGCGUGGCUGCUGCGCAAGCCAGCCUAGGAACCAGGAAACUGAAGCAGUCCACGGGAUCGAGCUCAUUUGACGCCCUUGAGCGUGGCUCCGCAACCUCGGGGACCAUCUCUGCCACCGACAAGUUCACCGGCACCACCAUCUCCACCCAGGCGCAGGGCGCCCAGGCCGACCUCGGCGCGGCCGCCUCCAGGGCCAACUCUGUGGCCACCACGGGCCCCUACAAGGCCAACGCCACCUCUGCCACCGCGGCCAGCGGCUUCCUGGCGGGAGCCGGGGCGGGCACCACCGCCAUCACCACCCCCUUCUCCGCCCUGGCCGCUGCCCUCGGCUACGGUCGGGCCGUCGGCAACGGCACCAUCGACGGCGACGUGGCCACCAACCAGCGGGCCGAGUCCACCGGACCCGGCGGCUCCCUCGCCCUUGUCGUCCAGGGGGCCAACGCCAACGUCGACGACGGCCUCGCCCAGGUUGGGGGCGGAGCCACCGCGACUGUGGUUCGCCAGGUCGCCUCCGCCGAGGGCACCACCAAUGCCACUACCACACCCUUCCACAACAGCACCGCCCUCGGCAGCGCCGACGCCGUGACGGCCGUGGACACCGCCAAUGGCGAUGCCAAGUGCCUGCCCUUCAUGCCAGUAUUGCUGAUCCCUCUGGAUGUUCUCCAGCCACAGCUCCUCAUGCUGUCUCCCCGGUGA